CUCUCUCUCUCUCUCUCCAAGGCUGAACCGCUCCUGACGGAAGAGAAGGCGAUGGCGAAGGAGCCGAAGGAGGCGGCGGCAGGAGCAGGAGCAGCCUGUGGGGGCGGGGCGUGAAGGCGGAGCAGGUUCAUGACGUCACCAUUUACGCAGACGGGCUUCGUUUCCUCCUGCGUCGGCGGCGUCAGGAAGAUGCUGAGGAACGUCACCCUCGAGCCCAUGCUUUUCCUCAAGAUGGUCGCGGAGGGCAACUACGGGGUGGUCGCCGACACGCUGGAGAUCGACCGAGUCUGCCGCGUCAAUCUCAAUUUCAGUCGAGAAGAUUGCCAGCGGAUGGACGACGGCAACCACACGGACGUGCAGGUGGACGUGCAGCGGUUCCAGAACGUGUUCAACUACAACCAGAACCUGCUGGACAGCCUGCUUCCGCUGGCGGUGGUUCUCUUCAUGGGUUCCCUCAGCGACCAGUACGGGAGGAAGCCGCCCAUGCUGGCCGUGCUGGCCGGCUUCGUGGCCUGCUCCCUCAUCUACCUCCUGACGGCCAUCAACACGUCGUGGCCCGUGGAGGUGCUGUACGUGGCCACCUUCGCCGUGGACGCCACGGGCUCGUGGGUGGUGUUCAACAUGGCCGUCUACAGCUACGUGGCCGACAUCACGACGCCGGAGAACCGCACGAAGCGGCUGGGGGUGCUGGACGCCAUCUGGUACCUGGGGGGGCCCCUCGGCCGGCUCAUGGGCGGCUGGCUCUUCCCCGUCGCCGGCUACGGCGUCGUCUUCGCCGUCUCGGCCGCCAUCUGGGUAGUCUGCUUCUUCUACGUGCUGCUCCUCGUGCGCGAGAGCGUGCCCUCCGCGCAGGAGUCGGCACCGCAGGAGGUCCGCGACGCGCGCUGCGGCGCCUUUCGCCACGUCGUGUCGCUGUUGCGCACGGCGUUCCAGCGGCGUCCGGGGCGCGGCCGGCAGCUCCUACUGGGGGUCCUGGCUAUUAAGCUGCUGGUGUUCUUCACCCAGGGCCACCAGAUGUACCUGUGGGCGCGGCGCGUGCUGCGCUGGGGCGUGCCCGAGUUCUCGACGUGGACGAGCGUGGAGUCCCUGGCGCACCAGGCCGGCAUGGUGCUCCUGGUGACCUUGGCCGCGCGGCUGCGCCUCCACGACGCGCUGGUGGCGGCGGUGGGCCUCGUGUCCAUCGGGCUGUGGUCGGGCGCGCUGGCCUUCGUGCUCGGGCCGGCGCAGUGGUGGCUGACGGUGGUGGCGUCGCUGCUGGGGUCGUUUGAGGCUGCCAUCGAGCCGGCGCUGCGCACCCUCCUCACGGUGCUGGCGGCCAAGGGCGAGGCCGGCCGCGUGCUGGCGCUCAACGGCCUGUUGGAGGCGGCCUGGCUCACCGUCGACCGCUCGAUCUUCACGCUGCUCUACAACGCCUUCGUCGAAAGCUUCCCGCAGAUCAACUUCGUGGUCCAAGGCGGCGUCUCAGCUGUCCUGGUCGUGGCAGUCCUCGUCCUCUGGCAUCGCUUUCGGAAGCAGACACCCAACGAUACCCAGGUCGAAGACCCAACUGAGAGCAACCCCUAUUCGGCCCCCCACUCGGCACCCUCCCCUCCCCCCUCCAACGCCCACGAACACGCCCAUCACAUGUGAAAUGUGAGGGAUGGUGGGCGGAAUGAAACGUCACGGUGCUGCUUUUGUCCGUCUUUUUGUCAAUGUCUAAUCACAGAAGUACGAGGAAUGAAACCGAAACACGUUAAAGAAGCUUCGAAACUCCUUGUAAAUGAAGCUUCGAAACGCUCCUUAUGAAUGAAACUUCAAAAAUGUUUUCAUAAUAUGAAUGUAAAAAAAAAAAAAAUAAUAAUAUCUUCACAAUACAAGAGAUGAAUUUAAACUCGUCUCUUGUACUGUGAAGAAAUUCAUUCUCAUUUAUACAAUUGCCGCAGCCAAUACAUUUAAUAAUGUAGAUGUUCAAAGUGAGAUUCCAAACCUUUGACCAAAGUUUGACUGUGACUAUGCGUAUGUAAGUAAAUUGAUGCAUAAUUUUACAUGAACGUAAUUGCAGGAAUUUGUUUACAUGGUUUGCGAGUAUGAAUGCCCUCUUUCAUUCGAAUAUGUAAUCUCACACACCAUUUUGUGAUAACGUCAAUCAUAGCGUAUUACCUUCUCUCUCUGCUUUGUCGAAAUCAAACCUUUUUCCACAAACGUACAAAGAGCACAGAUAAAAGAUAAAACAUAUGAAUGAUCAUUUGAUAACGGACCAAGGUUUCACCUGUGUGUUUCCAAGAUUGCACGGGGUCUGAAGACUUUUCCUGGCUUUAAAAGGGACCAGUAAGUAAUGCCUCUUCCCUUGUAAAGUCAUCAGAGGUUGUUAGAAGAUGCCUCAAGCGUGAGAUUUCCAAGAUAUUUUAAGAGUAAUUUUAGGAUUAUUGUUGCCUUGUGCUUUCUUGCACGAAUCUUUAGUUUUAUGUGAGUUUCAAUUCAUUUUGUUUUUUAAGUAUUAUGAAAUAGAUACAAGCAAAUAUAUAUAACUAUAUACACACAUAUAUGUAUAUAUGUGUGUAUUUACACAGACAAAUGCAUACACGCAUGCAUAUCUGCAUAAAUACACACAAGAAAAUAAUGAAAGACUAUGUAAUUUGUAAUACGAAAUAAAUUUUGAUGAUAUAUA